UUGCCAGCAGCAGCAGCAGCAGCACGGAUCCGCUACGCUGCUGCGGUGCACUGAUGUCCCAGCAGAAACUUACGGUGCACACCGCAAACCGAGCAGGAUGAAAACGAAAAUAGACGGUAACCUCGAAUUUUUUAAGAAACCGCCCUCUGCGUUUUUUUCCUUCUUUUCUCCAAGCUGAGCCACAGAACAACUGUCCCAGAUUUGUGCCAGGUCUCAGAUCACUGGGCUGGCAGCCUGUCAGGGAGCUGGCGUCACUGUUAGAGAGGCUGCCCUUCAACCAUCUAAACAACUGGAGUCCUUUCAGAGGCUUGGGCCUGUGUUAAUCGCUGACCUCUGUUGAGGAUGCUUGCCCCAUGUGAACUGAAUGAAAACCUACCUGGCAAACACUGAAGUCCUAAGUGGAUUGAAGAAGGCUAGUGAGGGAGUCGGAGAGGGAGGGAAGACAGAAGGGAUUAGCAGCUAAUCCAGUGCACGGACAAUCCUGAAGGAGCUUUAUCGUUCUUCCAGAACGAUGCAGACAAAACAGUUACUGGAUUACACCGCUUUACUUUAUUGCCCUUUCCAAGAGCGCAUCACCCUUCUUCUUUUGCUCUGAUUGCUUUCGUUGGCUCUCAAAAGGUUUUACCUCUUGGGUGCACAGGGAACAGAGGACAAAGAAGCCGGGCGACAAGGCCUGGGGACAGGAUGUCCUGUGGACAGUGUGGUGCCACACAUGGAUAAAUCUUUUCAGCGGUAGCCUGUGCAUGGCAGCGGACGCUCUGUUUUUUGUUUGCUUGGACACUAAGGAAGACAAGUGGAGAACAGCGCAGUGGAUAAGACACUUAAGACCCUCUCAGAACAAACACUUAAUGCCAGUAAGCAAUAUCGGAAAUGCAGCGGUGUUAAAUUUCAGCUGUAUUUUUUGAAUCUUUACAGAAAGUACCUGAAAGCUUGUGAACCUAAAACAAGAUAAAGCUCACUGACCAAUAAAAGCAAAAGACUGACAAUUUCCAUUCAGUGAUUCAGAAUGCAUGCUUUCAUCACUGCUUGCCCCGUGUGCAUGCAAUGUUCAUGAGUUGCUAAAGUGAGGUUAGAAACCACAGACGACCUGAGUAACACCUCAGGCACACACUCAAGUGUUUGUCUCAAAUUUAGGCUAAUUUAGGCUAUCAGUAAUAGUGAGAAGAGAAAGUACGUCAAGUGAAGGGAUGUAGUAAUAUUUCUGUUAUACCCUUUAAUAUCUGCUGUUUUUUUCUGUGUAAAAGCCUCAUAAAAGGGAAAUUAAGCACACCUUCAUGAGACUUCCUGGUGACAGGAUUCUCUUAUUGUUUGCAAGCAAAAUUUAAGUUCUUCAAGAGUAAACAAAGGAUUAAAUUAAGUGAAAGCACUAUAAAAACCAGCCUGGUUUAUUGUUUUCAAACAGCUGUUUGACAGCUGAGUGUCCUUUCAGCUGUGAAGUGAUUUUCUUUUCUUAAUUUGCUGAAUAACUACUCAGUCAGCCUUAUACUCUCAGGCUGAGGUAACCAGAGGAGGCAUGGUUUGACGUUUAUCUUUGUUAUUUUGUCAUCACUGAAAUCUACAGUUGCGCAGUAGAAGUACGUUUGGUCAUUUUGGACAAAAGCAGCGGUGAAUGAGUGGAGACAGAGAGGGUGAAAUAGACGGGGACGGCUCUACAUUCAUUUUGGCAUCUUAGAGUGGAGAUGUAAAAGGAAGCCGGGGGCAGGCAGUGGAUGAAUAGCUGGCUGUGACUGUAUUGAGAAUUGAUUAUACACACAUUCUCUGCUGACUGAACGACCACAUAUUUCUGUUCUCUCUCCUCGCUGUCCAGGCUUUUCCUUUUUUUUUUUUACAGUGGACCCCAAACUGGAUUUCCGACUUGACUGACGUGUAAUCAGAGUCCAGGCGUUUCCAUUCAAAUUUUAAAGGGAAAUUACGCAACUUUUCUUUGCCACUAUGAGUCUUGGAAAGCUGCCAGGGAUUAAAGGCCUUGUGUCUGGCUCUCAAGGGAAACGUCGCUUCAAGAGCGACCUCUCUGUGGACAUGAUCAGCCCACCGCUGGGAGAUUUCCGGCACACCAUGCACGUCGGUCGUGGCGGGGAUGUGUUUGGCGACACUUCCUUCCUCAGCAACUACGGAGGCCUCAGGGAGCCAGGAAGUCCAGACUCAGCGAGCAGCUCCAAAACAACAGGAUUCUUCACACGCACCUUUCGGCAUGUGCGCAAGACUUCUGGUCCGCGACCACGAGGGGGUUCUCGCGAUUUGUCUUCCCCGCCGCCAGAUAUCUCACCUAUCAUCAAGAAUGCGAUCUCCUUGCCCCAGCUGAACAUAGACUCACCCAAUGGGUGCCUGCAGAGGGUGCUGUUCCCCAGCUCCAUCAGCUCAACAGAUGAUUCCUUCUGCACAUAUGGUCUGCAGUCUGGGUUUGUCACUCUGCCGCGCCUCUCCCGCAUCGACAGACAAUUCCAUGAUGGAGACGCGCAGAAAGGCUCGGCACCAGACAGUGGCAGGCUAACACGUACGCGCUCGGACUCCCUGACUUCCUUCACCGUGGACCUCGGCCCUUCUCUCAUGGCUGAGGUAUUGAGCUUGAUUGACGACCCCAACCGCCUUCGGAUAUCCAAUCACAGCCAAGAGGCAGGGGAGGAAGAGCAGGGUGAGGAGGGAGACGACAACAGCUCGCUAACAGAGACGCCCGUGCAGACCCCUCUAGUCACCUCACCCGACCUUUCCGUGUGCAGCGGGUCAAUCAGGCAGGACACGAACAACAGGCGGUGCUCUGGUACUUCUGACUUGACAGAGGAGGAGGACAGGAAGUCUGUAAGGACACCGGAUGCGUCCGCUCGGUCUCCUCAUAGAUCGGAGCCUGUCAUGGAGGCAGAAAGGUUUCAGAGGGCUGCUGACGUGCUGUCCCGCCACUACGGUGGAGGAUCCUUCACAAAGGGAGUGAGGAGGAGCAGUAGCGGUACAAACCAAUCUAUUUCCCAAAGCCGCGAAGCAUCUCACGAAUUAAGUGAAGAAGAGGAGGAGAUAAAAGUAUAGAUGUCAAAACUCUUAAACUGUCCAGCGACCUGGGUUCAUGAGGGAGGAACGUGUGACUUUCUGUUCCUCAACAGAAACAUCCUUCAUCCUUUACACAUGCAUAUACAUGGAAGUAACUGACCAAUACUCAGUCAUGAUGCCAGACUGCCCCCCUCUUCCUGGACAACACUGCUGUUGUGAUAUUAAACUGUCUAUUUAUUUGUUGCAGUAUACAGACAACUAACACUAUGUAGUCAUGAUGUUCUGAAGCAUAUUAAAAGAACAAUAAAGAGUUCGCAGGGCUGAGGUGUCAAAGGGAAGCUGGGAUUUAAAGGAACAAAGUAGCUGCAUUAUGUUUCAAUAUUAACACAUUACUACAGUCCCUGUAAAUAAAUUUAACAGAAGGGAUUGUUUUGGUUUCUUUUUUGUUUUUUUUACAGGUUCAAUUCUAAUACUAAUCCAAAGUCUAUACGAUGACCUCCUGUAACAACUAUAAUACUCAGUAAACAUGUAUCAGUGUUAGACUUGAUGUUGAAUAAAGUGUGGGCUGCUGUAAUAAAAGACUGAUUUAAAA